CGGGCGUCAACGGGCGCCAGCGGCCGCGGCUGCUGGCAGGAGCCCCCGGCCAUUGGCUUCGGCAGCGGCGCCGUGGCGAGGGCGGCAGCCCCAGCCGCGGCUCUUCCCGUCGCCAAGGCGCUGCCAGGCACAGGCACACACAGACAGACAGACAGACAGACGGGCUCGGGGGCCGCCUUUGCAGCUCUUCUCCUCCCCGCACCAUGCUCCGCUCCGGGCAGCGCCCGCCCGCUGCUCCCUAAGGGCUGCCGCCCCGCGCCUGGUUAAAGCGGGCGACCGGCACCUGGUUCCCCCCCCCCUUCCCCCUUCCCCCCCGGUUACCUGAGUUAGCUCCGUCCCGGGGAGUUGGGGCUGCCGCCCCUUCGCAGCGCCCCUCCCCGCUCCCGCGGCGGCAGCCCUUGGGCGGCGGGGGGAGCCGGCAGCCGGAGGGACAGCAGCCGCCGCCAGGGGAGCGGAGCUCCAGCCCCCGCCUCCGGAGCUCUUCAUGGCGUCUCACCAGCAGACCAGGAUCCAAGCCUACCUGGAGAAGAAUAAGAUCGGUCCCCUCUUCGAGGAGUUGAUGACCAAGCUGAUAACAGAGACACCUGACCAGCCAAUCCCAUUUCUAAUUGAUCAUCUUCAGUCCAAACAGGGGAACCGCAGUCAGCUUCAGAGAACGUUGUCUGGCUCUGCUGCCCUUUGGGCAGAGAGUGAAACAUCAGAAAAUAAAGGAACAAGGAGAGAUUUUAGAAGUUAUGAUAAACCUUGGCAGGUAAAUGCAAAAAAACCUAAAAAGUCAAAGAGUGACCUUGCCGUGUCCAACAUUUCUCCGCCGUCACCGGAGUCCAAGUCAUUGCCAAGGUCAAUAGAGCAUCCUAAAUGGGAUUGGAGGACAAAACCGGAGAACCAUGAUUUUGAUGAACUAAAUCAUAUUCUUCAAGAGAGCAAAAAACUUGGAAAAGCCCUUGAGAAUCUGUCUCGCAGCAUUGCUAUUUCUGAUGAACUUGAUAAGGACACAACAGGUUUUAACACCCCCCUUCUCAGACCUCGUGUGAUUGGAGAAUGGAUUGGACGUGAAGAGAAUGAUGCAGACCCACUGGCUGCUGAGAUGCUGCAGCCACCAAUACCAAGAAAUAAAAAUGAGCAGUGGGACAGCGAGGAUAGCAGCAGUCCUGGAGGAAGCUUAAAAAUGGAGCCAAAGACCAAAGGACUAAAACAACAACAGCAGCAACAUAAGAAACUGCUGGCUGCCAUGCUUUCUCAGGAUUCCUUUGAUUCUGCUCAAAGCACAGCUCCAUCUGUAACCGAAGAAGAUAUUGACAAUGAAGAUGAUGCAAUGGAACUGCUGGAGGAUCUUGAUGAUCUAAGAAUGGAAGGAGUAACAAGUGUGAUGUCUUCUGGGAGUAAAUUCAAUCAAAGUCGAAGUGCUUAUAUGGCUGAGCCUCAAGCAAAGGUCACAUUGAAUAUCUGCGCAAGAUGUGCCAGAUUGCAAGGAGAUAAUUUGGCAGAAAGGCCAGAAGAUGUCUCCAUGGUAUCUCAAACAUCUGAGCCAGCAGUGUCAGACUCUGAUGCUCAGGUACCAGGGGUUGAAACACUUACAGAAGAUAUUGAUGAAUUUCAGAGUGCCUCUCAAGUGGCAGGAUCUCCUCAGACGGUUUGGACCCUGGAUGCCAUGGGUGUCAGACCUGGAGGUUCCCCAAGGCAGAAACUCUUAAAGGAUUCCUUAGCAGCAAAAGAACUUCAGACCAUGGAGAAACACCUAGCUGAUAUUGAGAAGGACCUAGCACUAUGGGAAGAAGCAAGGCUCUCAAGAAGCCCUAGUAUCCAACAUCAUAGUUUAGUUACAUCUGACCACCAAGGCAGUCUUCAAGCUACACAAGGCCAAAACCCUAGGCCUCAGGUGUCAACUCAGAUGGGGAAGAACAUUCAGCUCCAAGGAAACAAAUCACCACUGCUGCCCACUAACAGCAGAACACAGGUCUCCAGUGUUGCAAACAGUAGACCUCCAACGCCCAGUACACAAACCAACAGGCCACCAACUCCAUCAACUCCAGGGAGCAGACCUGUGACCCCAAAUAGCUUGCUGUCACGGCCUCUUACCCCUAGCAACCAAGGAAAUAGGGAAGGCAUCAUUAGUAUGCAAAGAAGCAGAUCUUUGACAUCUAAGAGCCAAAUGGGGAGGACCCUCAGCGCUGCUUCAGGGCUCUCUGUGCAAAUGAGUGGAGACAUUGUUGGAACUGUCACUACUCAGAGAAGCAGUUUAUCAGAACGCACUAAUCCUAUCACUCAAGCUACUUCUUCACCUUGAAUUGGAUAUCCAACUUAAAAACACGAGGACUGAAGGUGACUACAGUUCUGUUGAAAGUGUCUUCCCUGACAGUUGGUAUAUAUUCAAACCAGAAGUUUUCAGUGGAAUAUAAUUGUAACUUUUUUUUUUUUUAAAAAAAAAAAAAACAAACAAACAAACCCAUUUGUCUCCUGUUUUGAGGAGUGGGUGUGUUCGUGUGUUGAAAUUUUCUCACACACCAGAAAAAUUAGAAUUGAAAUUAAUUUCUAAGCAAAAAUGUUCAGAAGAAAUGAAGGGUUCCAUUGUUUCCCAUUAAAUUCUACACUCCUCUUUUUCUUUCUUUUUAAGCAGUUCUGUUCUUAACUGAUACAUAGUCAUGUGACAACAACUAGAAUUAUUGUAUACACUUCUGAAAGAGCCAUGUAAUGAGCACUGCAUCUCCACCAAGGGACAUCCAGUCUGUCAAUCACUUCUGAUCUUUCCUGUAAUAAAGCAGGCAAUUAAAAAUGCUUUCUUUGACAGUCUUUCUGUAGUUAUAGUAGUAAUAACUGUGAGUCCUAUUUAAUUUGCUGUUACUUGUUACUUCUGUUUGCCAAAUCCCAAGCUUUGCUGAUAGCUCUUAAAAUAAGUGUCCUGUUAUACUUUUAAUAUAUGUAUAUCUUUGUCUCAAGAACUUUAAGAAAUAAGCAAUAUUAUUACCCUGGUUUACAGUUAGAAUAGCAUGUCCAGUUUCAUCCAGAAAGCCCACUGUAAAGCUAGUGUUAAAUCUCAUCAUUUCUAUGCAGGAUCUUAUCCUCUGUUAUAAUCCCUUCUAGAAGUGACAAAUUCUUUUCAUUCUCUUUGCUUACUGGGUACAAUAGUACGUUGGCUCUUAGUGACCCAGCUCAAACCCUAUUUAUCCUUUCCUGACAUGCACAAGUGACCUUUGACUUAUUGGAAACUUGUCUGGGGACUAGCUCUGCUUCCAAGGGGAAAACUGCUAAUAUGACAUGUUCAUACUGAAGACCUUCCUCUGCCAAGCUGUAAAGGCCCUUGGAUGUCAGAAAGUAACUGAUGGAGGUCUGGCCAGCCUGCUGCUCACAUUCCUAUCUUUUGAUUGUUAUACUAGAAGCUUUGGGAACUUUUUUAAGCGAUCUUUGCCCACUGAAGUUCCUGGUCAUUAUCGAGAAGUGGGUUUAGACAGAACAUACCCAGGGACUAUCUCUGUUCAGUGACAUUUUUUGCCAUGUUAGAGGUACCCCCCUACUUGUGGCCAUGUGAUUUCAUUCUCUUGUGUCGCAGCUUCUCUCUGACCAUGGAGACAAAUUUUUAAAAGUCAAAGGUGGACUGGGGUAGGAGAAAAAAACAAAGUUCCGUCUGUCUUUGUGCUUUUACAGAUCACAAACAUAUCGUGUAACCUCACAUCGAGGCAGAUAUGCAAAUUACUUUGCAACUUUCAUUGUAGGUUUUGUAUGCUCUUCCUGUAUAAAAACAGCAAAAUAAAAGAAGGGAAAUUGCCUUUAUAUUUCUUAGCCUUAUGGUGUGAACUGGGAAUUUCCACUAGAUGUGAAUACACUGUGGUUAUAUUGCCGAUACUAUAGAAGAUACUACGAUAAGAUUUUGCAAAUAAUUCUGCUUCCUUACUCUUAGGUGGUAUUAAUGGAAUUAGCCAGUACAAAGUUGAUACGUAUUUGAUGAGAAUAAGUCAGCUGAAAAGAAUGUGAUUACUGGCUACCAGGAGCAUGUUUUACCAUAAUGAGCUUAAAUUAAAGAAUUUGGAAUCUGCAUGGGUUUACACUGUGUGUUGUUACUUGUUCA